UAACCCUAGAACACGAAUGCGAUGUACCCAAUUGUAUGUAUGGCCUUGAAAAUGAGUUUUCGUUGUAUUUUAUUCAAUAUGCAAUGUGACGUCUUUCCUAAAUGUAGUUGUGAACGUAAUAUUCAAGUUGUUAACGGAGGAGCUGCUUAAUGUAACUAGAAAAUAAAACAUUUUGAAUGUUAUUUUAAAUGUGUAUUGAAAAUACUCAGUGAAUUUAUCGAGCUUAGUUUACAUCAUUUUUUUUAUCUUUGUCACAUCAAAACAUCAAAGGAUAUGACAGGAUGCCGAUGGAAUAAAUUGAAACAAACACUUGCAUAAAGAGUAGCUUCUAAAAGCAUUCUUUAAACAGCAAAAGAAAAAUAGCGGCCAAAAUAAGCUAUGAAGGGUAUUCAAAAUAUCUCCUCUAAUAUUGAAAGGACAUUUGAUAAGAGAGGAAAUGAGAUAUUGACCAAUCAAUUUCAUACCGCGUCAAACUCCAGUUUUGAAAGGUCGCCGCAUUACGAUAAUAAUGUAACACGGCAUUCUAACUACCCAACACGGAAUUUCCAAAAUGUUCCACCGACAUUGGGCAAUACAACUGAGGGCUAUGGCAAACCUCCAAGAAUAUUUCCUGAGAUUGGAAACGAGGUAACGACUGGCAGCGUAGCAAAUGCUAAGUUCCAAAGGAGAUACAAUCCAACCAGAACACUUUAUUCGAGAAGUUACUCACAUGUGCGCAGUGAACGAAGGCCUUCUAAGCCUAAAGGAACAGAUAUCGAACACUCAUCCAGCAAUUAUGAUCAAUGUAGUUCAAGUAAUGUUCCAGAUAAUCUCCAAUAUGAAGAAAAACACAUAGAUCCCCUAAAAGAGAAAGCUGAUUUAUUAAUGAAUGCAAUUUUCAAUCAGAAAGGUGUAAGGUCAAAAUUGAUUUUUGUUGAAGCAGAUAAAAAUCCAGUAGUGACAUUAUCUUCCACUUUGGAUCAUUUUGGUAUUCCGCUCGAUGUUGAUGUAAACCAAAAUGGCCAGUACAUAUUAAAAAUUGACAGAGAAGAAGUUGCUACAGGAACAUUUCCAAAUAAACAAACAGCCAAAAACUCCUUAUGCGCGGAAGCUUUGGAUAAGUUAAGAAAAGACUGCUUUUACAUCAUUAAAAAAAAAGUGUAUCAAGAUGUUGCAACACCUCAACAAAGUUCAUCGCAGAGUCAGGAAAAUCAACACAAUUUAACAGGCAGUAAAGCUCAUCAAAUGAUGUUAAAAAUGGGUUGGGGUGGCAAAGGCUUGGGAGUAAAUGAACAAGGAUCUUCAAAAACCGUCGCAGAGUCUUUGGAGCAAAUAAACAUUUCCAAGCACGGCUUGGAAGCCAAGUCGAGGGCACUUGUUUUAAGUAAAAUUAAUACAGUUUUGGAGGGAUUCGUCAAAUCACCAAAAGUCGCAGUUCUAAGAUUUGAACCAGAUUUUUCAGUAGACGAAAGGGCUCACAUUCAUAAAAUGGCGCGAAAAAUUAAUUUAAAGUCAAAAAGCGAAGGUCACGGGUUGGAGAGGCGGAUCACGAUUACCAAAAAGUUGUCGCGAAAUCAAUUAGUGCUGGACCUACUUCUUAACACAUCAGACACCUCCCUUUAUGAGCUGCAAGUUCCAGAAAAUUUCAAACAUUUAUGGGAUUAAGAAACUUUGUGCUAAAUGCUUCCUUGGUUCAUAUAAAUUUUGUUCAUUGGUUGUAAAACAAGAGGAAGUUAGAAGUUUUGAUAGCUCAUUAAUAUAACCCUUGCAAAA